AUGGAUUCGUCAGAGCAGCAUUCAGAAGCUUGUGGAGAUAGUGAGGAUGCUAACUCGACAUGCGAUGAGGAGCGAAUACGCAAGCUCUUUCAAGCUUGUGACUGUGACGGGGAUGGUUUCAUUGAUAGCCAUGACUUGCUCUCUGUAUGCCGAGAGUUAAAUCUUGAGGAUUCAUUAGAAGAAUUGAUGCGUGAGCUGGGUGCUGAUGAGAAUGGAAGAAUAUCAUAUCAAGAAUUUCUUCGAAGACGUAUUGCUCUACGCCCAGAGAUUGAUGCACUGCGUUGUAACAGUACUUCCAACCUGAGAAAUCAGUGUGCAGAAUACUUGCCUACAAGCAGUGACAACAGCUUAGGAGCUGCUUCGGCUGGGAAACAUGAAAGUUGGGAAUUUGAUAGUGGAGCUCGUGAUUUAAGCCCAGAGCCACACUCACUUCAAAAACUUGUAGAAGCCGCUGGUGGAAGUACCUCGUCAGGAAACCUUCUAGAUCUUGCUAACAAGGGAGGCGGUACCUCCCAGCGCAGGGGGUCGCUACAGCUGUGGCAGUUCCUUGUCGCCAUGCUCGACGACCCCACCUCCGCGGCCUGCAUCGCCUGGACGGGCAGAGGGCUGGAGUUUAAACUCGUCGAGCCAGAGGAGGUGGCGCGCCGGUGGGGGCUGCAGAAGAACAGGCCUGCCAUGAACUACGACAAGCUGAGCCGAUCGCUGCGGUACUACUACGAGAAGGGCAUCAUGCAGAAGGUGGCAGGCGAGCGCUACGUGUACAAGUUCGUGUGCGACCCUGACGCGCUCUUCAGCAUGGCGUACGGGGCGGGCCAGGCCCCGCAGGCCGCCCCCCAGGGGGCACAGGGGGCGCAGGGGGCGGGCCAGGACCAGGGCGUGGUGUCCUCGGCGGUGGCGGCCGGGGGCGGCGGCGGCAGCGGCGGCUUCACAUCGAGUCGAGGGGGCGGCGGGGGCCUGCCGGGGGCGGCGGGGGCGGUGGGGGCAGCGCACGGGGGCGGAGCCAAGGAGCCCGCCGGCCACGCCCCUCCGCCCGCCGCCUCCUACAGUGACGUUCUGGCCGCCUACAGCCAGCCCUACUCCCAGCUUCGGCCCCUCCAGUACCUGCCCGAGUUGGGCCGCGUGGGGUACUACCCCUACCAGGCUACCUCCACGGAGUUCCCCGGGUACCACGGGUACGGCCCCGCGGCCCUGGAGGCCUCCCCCCACAAGCUGCCCGCGACCAGCGGCUUCCCCAACCGGCCGUCAGAGGGCGGCGGCGGCAGCCCGACGUGCGCCGGCAGCAUUGCAGACACCCGGACUUCCCUGGACGGCGGCGUCGGGCCCUCCGGGGCGAGCGGGGCGCCGGGCGGCGCGUCCGGCAGCGGCUCGCCGGAGGACGUUCUGGCCCCCGGCAAAUUGGACGGCGCCUACCAGUGUCUCGGGAGCUGCGUCUGCUAGGGCGCGGACCAGGGCGCGGAGCAUGGGCCCUUGAAGUUUGCGCGGUGCAGCCUCGCCACGGCGAGGACCUCGAGCGUGCACUCGGCGUACUUGGUUACCAAGUCGGGUGGAAACCUUAGUGAUCUAUAAGUGAUACGGACUUUUCUUUUAUUUAUCAUUAUCGUAAUCGUGCAAAGAUAUUAUUAUUAUUACAUUAUUACAGUUACUGUGUCUGUGUUUCAGUGUUUGAAUGAUUGUUGUAUUAUGUGCUCGUGUUUUGGAUAAGGGUAAUGUGUAAAUAUUUAGUAUCAUUUAGUCUCCUCUCUUCGUUGAAUAAAACUCUGUCCCGUCGCUUGA